UCCUGAACGCGCAGCACUUCGCUCUGUCCGGCUCCGCUGCGCUACUCGCUGCCUGCACGUCCUGCUCUCCGCGCUCUUCUUUCAGACGCCGCCGCCGUCCAGCGCCACCGAGAUGCCGCUGGAGUUUGAGCUGUGUCCCGGGCGGCCCAUCGGGGGGAAACAUCCGUGUUUCAUCAUCGCUGAGAUCGGGCAGAACCACCAGGGAGACCUGGAGAUCGCCAAGAAGAUGAUCAAAACGGCAAAGGACUGCGGUGCUGACUGCGCCAAGUUCCAGAAGAGCGAGCUGGAGUACAAGUUCAACAAACGGGCCCUGCAGCGUCCCUACACCUCCAAGAACUCCUGGGGCCAAACCUACGGCGAACACAAGCGCCACCUGGAGUUCAGUCACGACCAGUACAGGGAGCUGCAGAAGUACGCCGCGGAGGUGGGGAUCUUCUUCACGGCUUCGGGGAUGGAUGAGAUGGCGGUAGAGUUUCUCCACGAGCUCAACGUGCCUUUCUUCAAAGUCGGAUCCGGAGACACCAACAACUUUCCUUAUCUGGAGAAAACGGCCAAGAAGGGCCGUCCCAUGGUGGUGUCCAGUGGGAUGCAGUCAAUGGAGACGAUGCGUCGCGUCUACAAGACGGUGAAGCAGCACAACCAGAACUUUGCCAUCCUGCAGUGCACCAGUGCGUACCCUCUGGAGGCUGAAGAUGUCAACCUCAGAGUCAUCACGGAAUACCAGAAGGAAUUUCCCGAUAUUCCCAUCGGGUAUUCCGGUCACGAGUCUGGGAUCAGCAUCUCGGUGGCAGCUGUAGCUCUGGGAGCGAAGGUCAUCGAGCGUCACAUAACCUUGGACAAGACGUGGAAGGGGAGCGACCACGAGGCGUCGCUGCUCCCCUCUGAGCUGGCGGAGCUGGUCCGCUCCGUCCGUCUGGUGGAGCGGGCGCUGGGAAGCGGCGUCAAGCAGAUGUUGCCCUGCGAGAAGGCGUGCCACGACAAACUGGGCAAAUCCGUGGUGGCCAAGGUGAAGAUCCCCAAGGGAACGGUGCUGACGCUGGACAUGCUGGCGGUGAAAGUGGCCGAGCCCAUGGGCGUCCCGGCAGAGGACAUCUUCCAGCUGGUUGGGAAGACGGUGACGGAGCAGGUGGAGGAGGACGACAGCGUCCUGCCGGAGGUGGUGGACAGCUACGGCAAGAAGGCCAAGUGUUGAUCAGAUGGUUGAAGCUUGUUAGAAAUAAAAAAAAAAUCUUUUUUAUUAUUUUUAAUGGGAUAAUAUGGAUGUUCACACAUUAAGUAUGAGGGUAAUUUUACUUCCUAGAUAAUCAGAAAUUUGCCAAAUGCUUGGUAAGUGGAGUGAAAUGGCUUAAAUCUUUUGAUGGAUGAUUAAUAAAUAUAUAUUUUUCAGAAAGUGGUCUUAACAUGAGACGUUUUCUGGCUGUUUUCAUUUCUGGUCGGUGCCUUUAGAAGCUGCUCACCACCAGGUGGAGCUGUAAGAAAAAACAUUCUUUGCACUGAACCUUAACCCUCGACUGCAGGAAGGAAGUCAUGUUGAGCCCAUGGAGAAGCUUUGAUCAUUUCAUUCAGAUAGCUGAGAUCAGAGCCUGUCAGCCCAGCAGGCUCUGAUCUGUCCAUGCAGCUUUUUAGGGUGGAACCAUUAAAUAAACACAGAACUGAUAAUUCUUUUUCUUUUUUUUUUUAAACUGUUAUUCUUUUUCCUUGUGUGUCUCUGGUCCUUCUGUUAUAAAUCUGUCUGAAAGUGUAAUUUCCCUUUGCCAAAAACUUCAGCCCAGGUGUUUUUGAUGCAUUUGUGUCUUAGAGAAGAAAACCUUCUAAUAAAAUCUUUGCAAAUAUUA